AUGAAACAAGUGGUGUUUAAAAAAUAUUUGCUUAUCCUAAAAACUUUCAUAAAUCUGUAAUCUCAGGCGUUCAUGUCUCAGAGUUACCUUAGUGCCCAAGAAACUAAUACACUGACAACAAGAAAUUACCUAAUGUCACUCCAUUCGACCAGAAAGCAACCUUCAAAGCCAAUGAAGAGGCCUGUAUCAUCGCCUUUGAAGUCCAUGCAUCCCCAGGUUUACCGAGUCGAGCCAGCAAACUUCAAAGAGUUGGUUCAGAGGCUAACUGGUGCACCUGAGCACGAUGAUGUGGUUAAACCCUUCAAGAGUUUUGAUGAUUUGGCAAAUGAGAGUUCUUCAUCAUUAGCAUUUGAUUUAUCAUCCUCAUCAUGGGGAGAUUUAUCACUUCAAACUCCUGCAAAUCUCUCCAGAUGGUAGCUUUUAUAUAGGACAUAACAUUUUAUUUACUCUUGCAGGUACUUCCAUUGAUUGUAAUUCUCCACAUGCCUAUUAUGUAUUAGCCAUUUAAUAAAACGAGAAAGAAAUAUAAGAAAGUAAUGUUUAUUAACUUUUUAAUGGUAACUUGUGGAAUAGUAGAAUGAACUAUUCUGCAGAACUUUACGGAUUUUUUUUUCAAUCAUGAUCAUAUUAAAUCGGUUUUUUUUGGAGUCUAUAGCUUUGAUUGGUUAAACCUUUUUUUUUUUGUAACCAAAUAAUAAUUUGAACAUUUCUAAUUUAAAACAUAUUUUAAACUCGAUUCUAUACUAUAUAUAAUUAUAUACAUGUGGUAUUUUGACACUUCCAUUGAAAGAAUUAAUCAGUGAUUCUAUAUACACAUAUAUAUAACUUGUGGAAGUAAUUUGAAGUUAACGACAAAUAAUUAACCUAAGGGUUAUUCAUGUCUAUAGAUAUAAUCAAGAUGAGCCGUCAAUGUUCUUCUCGUCAAGCAAUCUUCGUCGUCGUCUUUCUCGCAUCUCUCUCCCGCCGCUUCAUAUAAUUUUGAAUCCAUCAUUUCCUAAAAUGUAAUUAAACAUAUAUGAAUCAAGAAAUGAAAAUAUACCAAUUACGUAUAAAAUCUACAUUAUAACCGGGUAUGUAGUAUAUAUGACUAACCAGACUAAGUAUGUCGGCCGAAGAUAUUGUGAAGGAGGGGAAAUCGGCCGGUUCAGGGCGGGCGGUGCACCUUAGCGUGGUGGUGCAACAAAGGACGAGAGCUACCAUGAGCAAAGUAGAGAGAUUAUCCAUUUUGUGAUUAAUUUUUGGAUAUUGACACCAAUAAUCACCAAACAAUCUUUAUAUAGAGUCAUUCUUGGUUAACUAUAUUCUUAAUGUAUUCUUUAUUUUAGACUGUUUUGUUCUUAUCUUUUAUUUUGUCAGUGUUCUUAUCUUUUCCACACACACAAAAAUAGUAAAUAAACACACAUAUAUCUCUUUACUCGUCCUGGGAAUAGGAAAAGAAGAAUAUAUAUAGUUUUCAACAUAUUUUUUUAGUUUUUAGUUUGUUGAAUUUGAUUAAAUCUAGAGUAUGCUAAUAACUUUCUAAAUAUUAACCAUCAGACCAAAACAAUUUAGCUGUGUAUAUAAAAACUAUUUCAACAACAACAUGUACAUCUAUUUUUCUUCGAAAGUAACUAAUUACCUUGUCUUCUUUAUAUUGAAACAUAUGGAAGUCGAUCGUGGGACGCAUGAAUUCUUUUGCCACUGAGUAUUGGCUUGGUCACUUGAGUGGAGCGAAGAAGAUUGUGGCUGGACCGAAACCAAAUUAAUACACAUGAUAAUGAAUAUCAAAAAUGUUGAUGUUAAUCGAGAGCUCUUGGUCUAGUGGUAAUCAGGAGCAAAGUUACAUUGGCGCUUCUGGGUGCAAGUCCACCCAUAAUGUUUUAAGAACAUAAAAUAGUUAUGACUGAAUUAGCUCAGUUGGUAGUGAAUGCACCCAGUGGAUCUUAUGGUAGGGAUUCCAUGCACCCACAAUCACAUUUAUUACAUAUAUAAUAUAUUUUAUCAGCAUUAUGCACCCAUUAAUUUAUUUUUCUGGCUUCGUCCCUAAUGAUAAUGGAACUCUAGCUGGAGUGCCUGUUCUGGGUUCGGAUUGUCUUAAUCACCUUCCCGCUUAUAUCUAUGCGUGUCCAAAUAUAAGGUUUUGUGGGGAUUAGUUUGAGUUUACCGUCAGGGAUCCCCACGAACAUCAAAAUAAACAAAGCAAAAACAAAAAUGUUGACGUGUUACCUAAUGUAAAAUCAACGUUAGGCCAAAAUUACCAUUAUAAGGCCUUAAAUAUAAUUUUCUUUUUGGGUUCAACCUGUUCUUAUGAAAUUCAACACCAUCAAUAACGUGAACAUCACAGAGUCACAUGUGGAUUGGUGUUUCAUUUUAGUUACUUCAGCCCAUGAUUCAGCAAUGACCAUUAGUACAUUUUUUGUCGUAGUCAUUAGUACAUUAAUCGCAAUAUGUACCACUAUAUAAAGUUAUUUCCCGAGAAAACGAUCGAUCUUUACUGUUGUAAAGAAAAACAAAUCGACGAAAGUUACCACGUCAUGUAGCAAUAUUAUAAAUAACAUUUGACCAUUUGCAUGCAUGGACAUAUUACAUCUACGUGACACACGGUCCGUAUAUAUAUAUAGUCGACCUAUACUUGCAAAGAACUCUAAUGACGCACCAAAUGACGCCACGCGAUAAAUCUCAACGAAUACACCACCACAAACAUAUAGAAAA